AUGGUUGCUGAAGCAGGAUUUUGCAUGAAUUUCCGACAAAAUCCCCGAGGAAACUCGCCAAUCGGGAAUACCAUGGAACCGACCGUUGCCGUGUCGGAUUGUUCGACCUGGGAAAGGCGUAAACAUGCUGAGAUACAAGUGGAUUUAAGAAAACUUCGUCAAAAGAUUAGAAAUGCGCUAGCCUGUGGUGUUGACCAAAAGAAACAGCAUGACGUUUUAAUGGAGUAUUUCAGCGAAGAUAGAAUCGUGAAUAUCAUCAAUAAUCCACAGAAAAAUUCAACUAAUGUGGAAAAAAUCAUACUCUCUUUCCUGUCACUGUCAACAAAUUGCUUUAAAUUCAUAUUUGUUCUAUGUCUCAUUCGAUAUACUGUGAUCACAUAUAUCGAUAGAUUAUGA